AUGAUCAGAGCUUAUGCCAAUAGCUCAACCCCACAAAAUGCACUUACUAUUUUCUCCCAAAUGUUAGCUAGUUCAACUGACCCUGAUAAAUAUACUUACCCUUUUGUUAUUAAGGCAUGUUCAGCUUUUAGUGGGUUGAAUGAGGGUCAACAAGUUCAUGGUCUUGUUGAAAAAUGUGAGGAAAUGAGAGAGAAUUUGUAUGUUCAGAAUACUUUGAUUAGCAUGUAUGCGAUUUGUGGGUGUUUUGAAGAUGCACGUAAAGUGCUCGGUAAAAUGCCUCAGAGAGAUGUUAUUUCGUGGAAUGCGUUGUUGAGUGCGUUUGUUGAGAAGGGUAUGAUGGAUUCUGCUCGUCUUGUUUUUGAUGAGAUGGAGGAGAGGAAUGUGGAGUCUUGGAAUUUUAUGGUGUCAGGGUUCGCGAAGAUGGGAUUCAUUGAGGAAGCGAGGAGGGUGUUUGAUGAGAUUCCUGUUAAGGAUGUUGUUUCUUGGAAUGCUGUCAUUUCAGGGUAUGCUGAUGUGGGUGAUUUCAGUGAAGUGUUGGUCCUGUUUCAGGCUAUGUUACGCGAGAAAAUCAAUCCGGAUAGUUAUACUCUUGUGAAUGUUUUAUCUGCUUGUGCGAAUCUUGGAGCUUUGAGUCAGGGGGAGUGGGUUUAUUUGUACAUUGAUAAGAAUGGAAUUUGUAUCGAAGGUUUUCUAGCUACUGCGCUUGUGGAUAUGUACUCAAAGUGUGGGGAGAUUGCAAAGUUUUGA